GAAGGUCCAUGGGAUUUCGGAGGAGGCGCAGUUUGCCAUCUUCCUGGGGCUACUCAUGGCAUCGGAGGCCGUCGAGCUGACAAGACAUGGAGGGGGUAGCACCAAGCUCACAUGGGCCACCAUUGACAAAGGGGUGAAAGUUGGAUGUUUGGACCAGGUGGAGCAACGUCAGGUACGCCUGCAAAGACAGAAGAGAAAGGAAAGAGAUGCGACCGCUUCUGGGACCCCGGGAGUAAAAAGGAUUGUCACGGACGUACUGGCUCAGCUGGGAGAUGCGACAGAGCCAGUGGUGCAGAGAAGGGUAGUGACAGCUGUUCAGGUGAAAGGAAAGGAGCCGGUGAUAGAAGAGGCCGUUCAGGAGGAGCUCUGGGAAGAGGAAGAACUUGUGCCGCAGCACCUGACGAAGGCCCAGCGCAAACUGCGUAACUUGGCGCAGGGUGGGCAGGGGUCAGGAAAAGCGCAGGCGCCCCAGGCCUUGGCAGCGACUCCUCUAAAUGUAGCGGGUCCAUCGUCUAGUACGGGCCCCUCGCAAGGAGGGGCACCCUCCUACGGACAGUGGCCCUGGACAAUCAAGGCAACGAAGGCAGGGCUGGAGAAAGGGGACGAGGCAGGAAUGGCGGCGGACGAGGAGGGCAAUGGAAUGGUCAAGGCCGGGGAAACCAAGGCCAGGGGAAUGAAGACCAGGGGAAUCAAGGCUAGGGGAAUCAAGGUCAGGGAUAUCAAGGCUAGGGGUACCAAGGCGAGGGGUAUCAAGGCCAGGGGGAUCCGGGAAGUUAGGGCGCCUGGGCGACCCGGAGUAAAUGUGGUGGGGUCAAGCCCACAGUCGGGGGUGAUAGGGAGACCCCUCACCCCGCAGGCCUGGCUGGCACAGGCAGCGCGAACGAGAAGUCAGGCCAAGGCCAAUGCCAGCCAAGAGCCUCCCCGGAGGGAGCCCGAACCGGAAAAAAGGAAAGAGGCCGUGGAAGUGGAGGAUGACGAUGAUGAAGAGGAAGAAGACGAGAGGCUACGCCGGGAAGAGGAUCAGAGAGCGGAGCAGCGGGCAAGGAAAAAGGGAACCAGGGAAGAGGCCGAGCUGGUCAUACGUGACGGACUGCCCAAGAAGAAAAAGUACGCGGUUCGGUUGAAAGAGGGGUUUGAUGUAGAGCGGAUGAUCGACAGGCUGCUAGAAGGGCAUAACGAUCUUAUGAUCUUGAAGGAAAUUCUGGCAUCAGCCCCGCGGCUCCGCGAUGAAUUAAAAGGGAGGUUGUCACGGCGCUUGGUGCCCAACGUCCAUCUGGGUACGAUCCUGCCCAAGAAGGCAGAGUGGCCGGAGUCGGGCACGAAGAUGGAUUGGAAGUGCGUGACCAGCGGCACGGUGGAUUUGGUGGUGAAGGGUUCCAAGUGCGCACCAAUGGUGGACACCGGGGCGGAGAUGAACAUUAUUCGAGAAGCAGAUGCUAUCAGGUUUGGGCUGGACAUAUACCGAUCUGAUUGCGGAAUUUUGCACAGGGCCAGCUGCAAGGCCAUAUUUUGUGGGACAACCUCGAAUGUACUCAUCGAGGUUGGAAAGGUGAAGACCCAGGCCUAUUUCUUCAUCAUGCCGGACGUGGAUCACCGAAUCCUCCUGGGGAGGUCAUUCCUGAGCAGGAUGAAGACCGCGAUGUUCAAUAAGCAUGAGGGGACGUUAAUUCUCCUCCUAUGUGACCCUGCCUGUGGGAAUUACAAGAUAAUUACCUGUAGAAACACAGGGCCAAGGAGUAUAAGGAACCGGCCCAAUCCAGGAUCGUUCACAAUCGAAGAAUCGGAAGGGGAGCGCCGGAGGCUCCGGGCAGAGCCAGAAGCAGGAGAGAGGGUGAAAGCAUUUUCCCUCAGCCUGCCAGAUGUCGGAAAGGCCAUGGACUUGGUGGCCGCGCAUGAAAUGACAGAUCCGGAUGCUAUCCAGGCCUUGAGGGAGCAAAUUCUAGAAUGCCCCGAGGCAGGAAGGCUGAAGCUGGAAGGGGAGGCGGUGGAGAAUACGCCCCCAGUUGAUGGAUUUCUGGAUCAGGAGGAAGCUGUUCGUCUCCAUAUCAACAAGUGGUCGCCGCGAGUGCCCAGCUGUGUAGGCUACCCUAUCUGGCAAGCGUCGAGUGGGUACGAACAGAGGGCUGAGCUAGUCCUCAAACCCUUUGAAGAAGAGGAUCCCUGGGGUGGUAAGGGUGUUCAGUGGAUAAUGGAGUUGGCGCUGGCUAGGUCGCAUAGUCUGGUGGAGGACCUGAGGACGAUCGAGGAAGGACCAGGCCAGGUAGAACGGCAUGAGGACAUGAUGGGAGGAAUGUAUCUCCUCACCAACACAUUAUUGCAGGAAAGCCUCGACCAGUCAGGCUUGUUGAACCCGGCAGGGAAUGUGGACGAAGUGCCCGAGAGUCAGGACGACGAGUUCGAGGAGGGGGAGAUAAAAGAGGUCUUUCGUGCAGAGGAGUCUGAUGGGAUCUACCUAGAGCUGGGGCUUCUUUUGUCUUGCAAGAUGCGGCUAAGGGAUGCGAGCGAUAGGGCUCAGAGGAUGCUGCAGCGCUACUUAGUGCGUGACGGCCACCUUUUCGUGAGAAGAGAAGUAGGGAAUCCCAGGAGAGUCGUCUGCGGUAGGAAACGUCAGAUUGACGUCAUAGCAGCGCUUCAUGGCGGCAUUGCAGGAGGGCAUCGAGGGGUACAAGCCACGUCUGACUUUACGAAGACAGCCAUGUCAAGAGGAGGGAAGGGGACACGGCCGCCUAGGAGGCCGUUGGGGGCAUCAGGAGGAUACGAGCGACAUGGACCUCGCCAUCGAGAGAGCACUCCGGAGUAUGAUGGUGACGACAUCGAGUUAUUCCUGGACAGUUUCUGGGAGCAUGCGCGGCGUAUGGGUUGGACCGUGACCCAGGGGAUUGAGAGGUUGAGGGGAGUCGGCAGAUUCGAGGAGCCUGUCGCGCGGAUCCGUAGGGAGGCGAUGACGAGGUCAGAGGUGGAGUUGAGGAUAGUUGAGAGGCGUCAGAGGAGGCAGAGGCAGAGGGACCCUGAGCCCAGGGAGGCGAGACCAUUCCGAGGAGGACGAAAGACCCUAGUUAGGAAAGAGGAGGAACCGGAGCCAGAGCCAGAGGCUGAGGAGCGAGGGGCGUACCCUGAGUGUGGGUUGAGACCAAUGGAGUUCCAUCGGUUUACCGAGGGGGGAUUGAGGAGGUCGCCAGCACGCACACGAGAGGAGCCCCCAGCGAUUGAGGAACCCUUGAGGGAGUUAGAGGCACAUUUGGAUGUCUCUCGGUGGAGAGCAUCGCCUCGGGGUGAGGAGCAUGGAGAGCAGGCAGAGGAGGUGCCACGAGAGGAGGUGCCCCGAGAGGAGGUGCCACGAAAGGAGAUGCCGCGAGAGGAGGUUCGAGAUACCCAGCGAGAGAGAGGGCUGGGCGAUGAGGGGAGACAUGCAGGGAAGGAAGUGAUAGAGGUUGAAGAGGACACGCCCCCUUAGACGCCAGCGGACUAGAGUUAGGAUUGUAAUAAAUCCUGUAGACCUAG